AUGGCCUCCUCUCAAUACGAUGCCAAAGCCACGGACCCUCCCCUCAUCCAGAGGUGUUCCAAUAUAAAGACUUAUACAACAUCCCGGGCCACGUACCCCGAACUCCGCGUCUUCUUUCGGAAACAUCAGCACGCCGAUAACCUUCCCACCUCCCCCGCGCCAGUACCCCUUUUAGUUUUCGUCCAUGGAUUAGGUGGCUCUGUCGCCCAAUUUAGUCCCUUGCUCACCAGUCUCACUCCGAUUGCCUCAUGUCUAGCCGUCGAUCUCCCAGGGUGCGGUGUCUCUGGAUUCGAGCCCCGGAAGUGGGACGCCUACUCUACGGAUGCCAUCAUUGAGCUGCUGGAGGCGGUAGUCGAAGACCAUCGCGAUGUGGCAGCCGGGCAAGGGGUGGUUCUAAUUGGUCAUAGUAUGGGCUCCUCACUCGCUGCUCUGCUCGCCAACCCACGGGACCCGAAAACAUCACUUCACAACUAUAUUCUCGGCCUGGUCGCCAUAUGCCCCACUGCAGGGCAGUUUACUCCAGAGAAGGUCCGCAUGUUGCGGGCAGGACUCUGUAUCCCCGAGUUCAUUUUCAACAUGUGGAGAGCUUGGGACCGGCGCGGGGGUCUCGAGAGUCCAAGUGUGCACCGGUUCGUCGGGGCAGGUGCCGAUGCCGAGACGAAACGGCUGCAGUACAUGUACAAUUUCCAGAGCAAGACACCGGUCUGGCGGCGAAUGGCAUGGGGCGCGCUCCCCAAGUAUUCGAACGGUGCACCCUCGAACGGGAUAGCGGCGUUGGACGUCUGGGCAGGACUGGACAUCCCCGUGUUCCUAGUCGGUGGGACGGAUGAUCAAGUUGUGUCCCACGGAGAGGUCGACAAGAUUGUCUCUGUCCUCGCAGGGGAUAGAUCCGAGAAUGGUUCGGAGGCAAACGACGAUGGUGGAAAGAGCAGUAGUGACGAAAGCACCCCCUCAAACGGCGCGGCAGGACUUCCACAUCUGCCUCAGCAUCCGAAGAAAGUCGUGGUUAGCACCAAGCUUCCCAGCCCAGCGGGGCAUGGCUUGCUAUACGCACCAGCGACAGUACCCAUUCUCGCCGGCCUCAUUUCGGAUUUUCUCUCGACCCACGUCACCGGACGCCUUUCCCUCGGGUGGCAGCUACAGUAUCUUUGCAGAGACGGGAAGUGGGACGUCAAAAACCUCGAAAAGUGGCGCAAUGUUGCCCCGGUGUCUGGUCCGAUCGGCGGGGUGUUCCGGGCUAUAAAGACGCUCCGGGAAGUCGACGAGGAGCACUGCCCCAAGGUGUUUGUGGAGAAAUGGGGAAAGGUCAUCAAGGACGUGAUCGACAUCUCGCACGACAACCCCGUCUACAACCCGGACGGUCUCGAACAGGGCGGCGUCCACUACCACAAGUAUGGCACGUUGUCCAAGGUGCCGCCCAACGAGACGGAAAUCCGCGGGUUUGUCGAACUUGUCGACAAGAUCCGGGCCGAGCAGAAGAAGAAGGCCAGACUGGAGGGGUGGGACGAAGGCUAUGCCAUUGGCGUGCAUUGCCACUACGGAUUCAAUCGGACAGGGUUUCUCGUGGCAUGCUACCUCGUCGAGCGGUGCGGGUUCACUGCGAAGGAGGCCAUCGAAGCGUUUGCCAAGGCCAGGCCCAAUGGGAUCAGGCAUGAGCAUUUCAGGGACCGGCUGUACGUGCGGUACUCGGGGGUCAAGAGUGACGCAUGA